AUGGAUAUCCUCGCCCAAGCAGCAGGCAGCAUCGGUGCACCCGCAGCCAUCGGCGGCGCAGCCCUUGCGCUCGCAACAGCCGCCUACGCCAAUGCGAAAUUCGGCAUCAAGGCCGACAUAGACAGCCUCAGAGAUGAAGCUGCAUUUGGUAAACGCCUUGGGCAACGGAUUGGCCAGCUGGGCGAUACCUGCACGUUGUACGCCAUGCUCAAAAGGGUUAUUGAGGUGAAUAAGCAGGGUUCGGCGGAGGCGUUGUGGUUUGAGAAUAAGACUUGGACGUAUGAUCAAUUAAAAGAUUACUCCGAUCGCCUGGCUGCUUAUAUCUAUGCCCAAGGCAUCCGGACUGGCGACUUUGUCGCAGUCUACACAACCAAUUCCCCAGAAAUGGUCUUCACAGUCUACGCUCUCUCAAAACUAGGUGUCGUCGCAGCACUGAUAAACACAAACUUGCGAGACGAGACAUUCAAACACUGUCUCAAAAUUUCCACAUCCAAACUCAUCAUUUCAACGCCCGAUCUGGCCGCAUUCGUUAAAUCGGACGACAUCCCGAGAUUUACAUUCAAUAUAUCUUCCUUUAACUCUGUUUCGGAUAUMCCAGCCGAUAUCGCACAAAUUACCGCAGAAACCCUCUUCCAAAUUUCAGCCUCAGACAUUGCAGCAAUCGCACCGGCGAAAAGAUCGCCCCCAGACCUGGCAGUGCUCAUCUACACAUCCGGCACAACAGGAAACCCCAAAGCAUGCGCAAUCCGCAAUUCCAUGACCCUCGUAGUAUCCACACCAUUACCAAAGGAUACUCGAAAUCCAUCCAAAUACUUCCCGAUGCGCAUAUACUCGUCGUUGCCUUUAUUUCAUGGCACCGCGUUUUUCGGUGGGCUAUGCUAUUCCGUGGGUAACGGGGGUACAUUAUGUCUCCGCCGGAAAUUCUCUGCAUCCCAAUUCUGGAAGGAUGUGCAUGACUCGCGUGCUACGCGAGUGCUGUACAUUGGCGAAUUAUGUCGGUAUCUACUCGCAUCUCCGCCCUCGCCGUUCGACAAGAACCACAAUUGCGUUGUGGCGUACGGUAAUGGAUUGAGAGCCGAAAUAUGGGAUAAAUUCAGUGAGCGGUUCAAUGUUGCUGAGAUUCGCGAGAUUUAUCGAUCUACAGAGGGUGUGGCGCGGUUCGAUAAUUUCUAUGGAGGAUCGUGGGGUGCGGGUGCGGUUGGGUUCCAUGGCCCGAUUAGGCGGAUGUUUGAGCAGGAUACGUACCUCAUAAAGUUUGAUCUAGAGACUGAGCAGCCGUACAGAGACCCUCAGACAGGAUUUUGUGUGAGGGUUGGUCCGGGGGAGGAAGGGGAGGCGAUUGGUAGAGUGCGAACGCGGCUGUCGUUGACGGAGUAUUUGCAUAACAAUGAAGCGACGGAGAAGAAAUUGUUGACAGAUGUGUUUGAGAAAGGGGAUCUAUUUCAGCGUAUGGGUGAUUUGUUGAUUCGUGAUCACGACGGUUGGAUCAGAUUCGGAGAUCGCGUUGGUGAUACUUUCCGUUGGAAAGGGGAGAAUGUCUCUGCGGGAGAAGUGCGAGAUCAUAUCUGUCGGAUGGAGAAUGUGCAGGAUGCCGUUGUUUAUGGAGUGAAGCUGAAAAAUUACGACGGCCAAGCAGGCGCAGCAGGCAUAACUCUCGAACGACGCACCCCUGAGACAGAGGCAGCCGCCAUAAAAAGCCUAUGGACCUUUCUCCGCUCACAAGGCGUACCGACAUACGCCAUUCCGCGACUCGUUCGCGUCACAAAAGAAGUUGCAACAGGAGUAACAUUCAAACAAGCCAAAGGCGACUUAUCAAAACGCAGCUGGGAUCCUGUCGCCGAUGGCAGCGGCGAUUCCUUGUAUUGGCUUAAUUCGGGCAAGGACGGCAAGUCCAAACAGCCGGUUUAUGAGAGAUUGGAGAGGAGUAGUUGGGAUGAGAUUGAGAGCGGGAGGGCAAAGCUAUAG